AUGCCAUUCUUAAGACUCCACCGAGGUAACCAAGACUUUCACUUCCCCAUCCAGCUGUCUGAUGAAAUUCUUCCCAAAGCUAUCUUCUACGGCACAGUGGUGCCCCUGGUGACUUACUUUGUGGUGAAGAAAUUGAUAGUGGACCCAUUUGUACAGAAGGAAAAGGAAGAGGACACAGACAAGAAAAAAGAAAAAUAUGCAGAUUUAAUUGCUGAGAAGAGACGCCAGGCACAGAGUGCUGUGGAGUUGAUGAAGGAGACAGUUGAGAGGAUACGUGAGGAAGAAGAAAGAAAGGGUGGCCUGAUCAUAGUGAGGGCUGUCUACGGGAAGAUUAUCUCCACCGAUUCUGGUGACUUCAAUGAAAGCCAGUGUAUAGAUGCUAACAUCCCGCUGCAGGUCAUGGUGAAAAACUCGUCUCUCAUUUUGCCAGAAACAAAGUCAAAGGUAAUUCUCACAGUUGAGCGCUAUAUGUAAGGUUUAAAUUUUGAAAUUACAAAAAAUGAAAUUAUCCACAUCCUGCAGUGUUAAAAUGUGUAGGAUUUGACAUUUUCUUACUCAGCAAAUUUUAUUAUUUUUA